CGAACGACUUUACAUCUACCAGUCGUGGCGUGUACAUCCGACGAUGACCGAGUUACACCUACCGGUUCUGAGAGCAAAACCCGACUAUUCCGAAACGACGCUCGUCGUCUCAUAUUGCCGCGAAUCGGCUGUGGUAGCCAUUGCCCAAUAGGAGCGCGACUCCUUAUAUGGGGAACCAUCGGAUGCGGCAGAAAGGCUGCAUGGCCGACGUUCCGGCAUAAUUUAUUCAUCUCUCCUGUUGUUGAAAGUAUUUCGCGUUGCCCCAUACAUGUCAUUUAAUGGAAUAAUGAUUAAUUUUGCCACCAACUGGGGUCAAAAUUCGGGGCCGACUAAGCAGCAAUUUUCGGAGUCGGGCCAAGGUGGGAAGAAAAGCAGCGAGCGGGUGAGGAUCUGACGUUGCCGCACGCCGCCCCUGCCUGCUCAGUGCCAAACGACACAACGGCAACAGUUGAGAGAAAAAGAAGAAGAAGAAGAGAGAGAUACGUAUCAGCCUGCAUCACCAACACGUUCUUUUAUUUUGGCGUCGAAGGCGAAUUAGAGUUAACUGUGGGGUUUUCAAUGGCCGACCAGCGAUCGUAGUUUCUCAGAAUGCACAGACGGGAAUAUUUCUGUUUCCAUGGCAUCGCAGAAAGUGGACAUAAGCAGCUGAAGGUAAUCUCUGGCGAAAUUAAAUAGCAGAAUUUAUAUACGUUGUUUUUUCUUUCUUUCUCUCUUUUAAAGGAUGUAAAGGAAAAGGAAACAGAAAGAACGAACGAAAGAAGGAAGAAAGUGAAAUAAUAUAUAAUACUAUUCUGGUAAACAUACACGUUUGUCGAGGAGGACACCCGGAGGUAUAUACAGUGUCGAUGGAUUUAAUUUUUUGCUUUCACUACAACAGCUUUCGUUUGUUUUCGAUCUCGUUUUACUAAUAUAUAAUUGUCAUCAUCGACAUCCAAGGUUUUGUUUAAUGGAAGAUGCUUGGUUCCAUGGGAUGGAUAACUCAGUUUCGUACAUUCUGUGGCAUUUGUUCGGUCAGUCUUCAAACGACCAGUAUGUGAUACCCGUCGACUCACGCAAGAUGACGGAGACUAUUAUAUGAUUCUGUAUUCUGUAUAUAUAUAUUUAUAUAUAAUAUAUAAAAAAGAAAAUACCAAUUCAUUUGGAAUCAGUAAUCUGGGUAAAUGAUACUGUCCACGCAUACCAUUUGACAAGAAUCGGCUAAAUGACCUCGGGAGGGGGACGUUUUGAUUUCGACGAUGGGGGAACUUACUGUGGGGGUUGGGAGGACGGCAAGGCCCACGGACACGGCGUCUGCACCGGCCCCAAGGGGCAGGGCGAGUACGCCGGGGCCUGGCAGUACGGCUUUGAGAUCUCGGGUAUAUACACGUGGCCCAGCGGCAACACGUACAAGGGGCAGUGGUUCCAGGGCAAGCGCCAUGGGUUAGGCUGCGAAACAAAGGGUCGGUGGACCUACCGGGGCGAGUGGACCCAGGGCUUCAAGGGACGCUACGGGGUGAGACAGAGCACCACCUCGGGUGCCAGGUACGAGGGCACGUGGACGACGGGUCUGCAGGAUGGCUACGGGUGCGAAACAUAUGCUGACGGAGGAUCCUACCAAGGCCAAUGGCUGAGGGGCACGCGACACGGGUACGGCGUGCGGUGCAGCGUCCCGUAUGGCCUGGCGUCCCACUACCGCCCGAAAACCAUGCGCGCGUCCUUGACCUCUCUGCGGAGCGAGAACGAGGACGAGCAGGUGGUGAAGAACCGCGACAAGAAGCUGGACGAGAGUCGCGGCGGUUUCGUCCUCAAGGCCCGAAGCGACGAGACGCCGCCCACCCGUCGACGGUCGAUCUUCGACAAGCAGGGCAAGUCGAGUCUGCGCAAGACGCUCAUCUCCGGCCUCAAGCUGAAGAAGCAGAAGAGCACGGGCGACAUCAACGACUCGCCCAAGCGGCAGACGGGAUCCGUCCGGAGCACGAUCAGCAACAUCAGUCACGUGUCGGCCGAUUCGACUCAGUCCGGCAUGACGAACACUUCCGUUUACACGGACAGCAACCUGAGCUUCGUGAGCCAGGAUGACAUCACCGACGUGAACGUCACGGAGACGUACAUGGGGGAGUGGAAGAACGACAAGCGCUCAGGGUUCGGAAUUAGCGAGCGGUCGGACGGCUUGAAGUACGAGGGGGAGUGGUACAACAACAAGAAGUACGGCUACGGCGUCACGUCCAUGAAGGAAGGUACGAAAGAGGAGGGGAAGUAUAAAAACAAUGUGCUCAUUUCUUCUGGAAAGAAAAAUAAGUUAUUCUUGAUACGGACUUCCAAGUUGAGGGAACGGAUAGAUAACGCUGUGUUGUCAGCCCAGAGAGCGGCACAGAUAGCGCUCCAGAAAGCGGACAUCGCAAUUACAAGAAUGGCCAAUGCUCGUGCGAAAUCGGAACAAGCCGAUUUAUCAGCGGAACGAGCCACCCAGGAUUGCGAAGUUGCCCGAUUGAAAGCUAAAGAGUAUGCGCCCGAGUUCCACCAACCAGGGACAGACAUUAUGAAGAAGCAGGACCACGGCGAACACGAGUAUGACUUCCGGCCCAUCCAACCAAUGCAGAACCACGCCCCGUACCACGCCAAGACCCUGUCGUCUGCCCGCGACCCCGGCUCCACGGAGUACGGCAUGAUGCCGUCUGCCUACGACAAGGACCUCAGUCCCAACAGCAGACGAUACAACAAUAUAGGACAUAACCUUAAUCCGGGUUACCCGUAUAACCCGGGUGGCAGCGGCGGAGGAGUCGGAGGAGGAGUCGGUGGUGGCGUUGGCGGCGUCGGCGGUGGCGGUGCCCAGCAGGAGAUGAUGCAAGCGCUCAAUGUGAACCCGCACAGUCGCAGCCCCUCGCUAAAGAUUCGUAGAUAUAGUUUUCUGGCCGGAUCCAGAAGAGGACGUGGAUUUAGUGAGAUUUUCAAUUCCACCAUUCUCAAUGACCAUUUUGAUCAGUAUGCCGCACCUCAUGACGAUAUUGGGUUAGGGAAGGAGGUUUAUGUAGGGGACGAUCGUCCCAGGUCGAAGGCAAACCAAUGUGAUACCUCACCGGACUCUGGGGUUUCCGAUUCUAUGGAGGACGAGGGCAAAAACCGUCCCAUUCAGCGCAGAAGGACUCUGCCGUGCAUUGUAAACCAUCCCAGGUCGAAUCCAUCGAUGGACGACAAACCCCAGGAUACGGAAACCGCUCACAGUAGUGAAAACUUGACUGGGAAGAAUCCGGAAACAUUUAUAAUAGAAAAUGGCAUCCGGCGACGAGUGCGCGCGGACGUCCACGGAAACCCCAAGUCCCACGAGGAGAAGCUGCCUACACUUGAAAGCCAAAAGAAACUUUCCGAGACGUUAAAACAUGGCAGUCUUCCAGACCUGCAGGAAGUGAGCAAAGUGAUAAAACCGCUGGCGCGAAACGAAGCGUACCGACUGCAGCUACAACGUCGCGAGGAGAUACGUCGACUGCAGGAGCUUGCCGAACGUCGACGACAGGGUGAUGUCUCAGUACUGCUUGGCGACGUCAAGGAUUGGUGCCAAGAACGACAACUCCUUGUUUUAGUAAUUGCACUAAACCUAAGUCUGGCAACCAUGUUCUUCAAUUUACUUUCCUGAAACGAACACAUUUGAAUGUUUGGCAAAUGUUUACAGUUUUGUGUGGUUUCCUAACAAGGCUAGCCCAGCCUGCCGCAAGAUGGCGCUUCUGGCCUGGGUUACUCCAACGUUUGUACCCGUGAGAACAUUUUUAUGGUGCUGGCCUUAGGACCAAUACCUUAAGUGGACGUGCACUGAACGACCUGGACCUAUGAGAGACUUCACCCGAGGUCUACCAGGCGUUGAGAAAAAGGAGUGUCAUGUAACCCAAGAGAAAGCAACCCGUUAGAUGUUUCCGGUUUAGAAGACAACAAAAACAAAAAAAAAUAUCCCCAAAACACUGCAGUUAGGAAUUGCAACAAGUCAUGAUCACACCCGAAGUGUUAACACUUGCAUUAUUUCAUCGCAUUGUGUUUCGUUUGGCGUCUGCUUGAAACACGUUUUGUUUGACAGCAGGCGGCUGCUGCAGUUGACACGAAGAGUGCCUACAUUGUUUUUACAGUUCCACCCUAAAAAUUGUGAGUGACCUUGACAUUUAAACUUACCUUGCCAAUGCCACUCAGUGACCUUGACCUUUUAAAAUCCUAACAAAACGUGGAGCGAGCGAAGUUGUUUGUCACUGAAUGUUCAUUUGUUUUUCUUUCUUUUUUUUCUUUUUCUUUUUUUUUCUAAAAACCCCCAAAACAACAACCAAUCGGCAAAGGGAAGGAACUGAAAUACGCUUGGUGUGUACAUGGGUACUGUAACACGUUUAUGUUUUGCCGUGAUAAGUUAAAUGAUAAUUUUACCCUGAAUUCCUGACAUCUGUGAUACUUAUUUCAUCUUUUUGAGGCAAGUGUUUGAUACUUCAGACCCAUCUACGUGCCACGGAUGGUAAGCAAACAAACAAUAUACUAUCCAUGCACUCUGGGGGUAAGUUUCGGGUUUUUUUCUUAACAUUUUAUUCUUUUAUUGUUCUUUUUUUUGGCCCGUGGAAUCAUAUCCUAAGUGCACUGAACAUGAACAGUUCAUAAAUAGAUUGUGAUUAUUUGACUAUUUAUUAUUUGCUUGUUUAUUUAUUAAUUAUUUAUUUAUUUAUAAACAGCAGAAUAUUUGGGCAACCAAAUUUUUGUGGGUCCCUUAAUAGGCAUGGUUUGUCUUUUUCUCAGGUAAAACAUCAUCUGCCAUAGAGAGCCGACAUUCAAAACUGAUCAUGACAAGUUUAUCUGGCGUAUCGCAUGACGUCUUUCAUUAGUUAAAACCAGAAUAUAAUAUAUACGUGGUACGUCACUGCUGACAUAACCAUUUAGCAGCAUCAUUUAAACAAACCAACAGAAAAUUACUUUUCUUUUCUUUUUAAAUUGUCAUCAGUACCAUCUGGGCAGACAUUACCAAACAUUGGUGAAUUUAUGGCUAAACGUGUCGACGCCCUUAUUAUUAUUUUUAAAAAUCAUUUUAUUUAUUAUUUUAUUUGGCAUGGUCAGUCUUGAAUGGUAAUUUGUAAGGGAUCCGUUUCGAUGGUGUUUGGUUUGUUCAAGUGCCAUCAUGCCAGGCAACAAAGAUUUGAACAUAAUUUAGGCAUUGUAUUUAUUAAUUUUAAUUCCAACGUGUGGUUUGGUCCCCGCCACUGUUAUUCCAUAGUUACGAGCAUCAAAGCCAUAUUUUUAUCAGAAUUUCUGUGGUUUAACCACAAAGAGCUAUAUCAAUGUGUACUUUUUUUUCUUUAAAAAAAAAACCAGGAACAACUUUUGAUCUUUAUUACGUGUUCCUUGUUUGAGAGGCCCUGUCAAGGGAAGUAACUGUGAUCUGGAUACUCGGAUAUAUAUAUGUAUGAAAAAUUAUAUAUUUGUGUGGUCCUGACAAAAUUUUAUUUUUCCGAAUUUCUUUUGUUUGAUUCUGUGUCUUUUGUUUUGAGCCAUUUGGUCAUUGUACAUAUGGCAUUACCGUCAUUUUUGUUUUUCUUUUCUAUAACCCUGACAGGGCCUCCGAUCCUUCUGCUCUUGGAAAGAUUGUUUUAUGAUGGAGUGUUUGUUUGAUCAAUGAAAUAAAAUAUGGUCAGGAUGCCUGUGAA